CCAGACUAGAUGGCCCAACCUUUUCUAUUAUUCCUUGAUAUCCAGUCGAGACUAAGAUCUCACCGGCUUGGAGAUACCACCCAGUGUACCCGGGUAGAGAUUUCGUCGUUCGCGCUACGGGCGUACAUAUAACUAUGUGAACUGUACGCUCUGCCACAGAUUGCUUUCCGUCUUUGUCCCUAAGCGUCUCUUCUUUCCUGGCUGCGAGGCUCGGUAAUCAUGGCAGUCAUUUCGCCUUUCUUUGCUACUCUCAUCACUGUUCUUCUGUUUCCUGUGCUUUUCGCUAUCAGGCGACUAUACUUUCAUCCUCUAUCUCCCUACAAUGGACCUCUCCUCUGGGCCCUGACCCGAAUACCAUAUAUGCUGGCCUUCCGCAACGGCCAAUUGGCACACGAAAUCAAGCACUUUAACGAGGUGUACGGUGAGACCGUCCGCGUGGCGCCCAACGAGGUUUCCUUCAUCAACCCCGACAGCGUCAAGGACAUCUACCAGCGUCGACCCAUCAGCGGGGAGUUCAAAUCGCUCCCCAAGGACCCCAUCCGCCAGCCACCGCCACGACCAGGCCAACCGAUCAGCAUCCUCGGAGCCUGCGAUGCGGACCACAACCGACUCGGCAAGGCCUAUGCAGCCGCGUUCAGCACCCAAGCCCUGACGGCCCAGGAGCCCCUCGUAACCGGAUAUGUUAACAAUAUGAUCACGCAGCUGCAAUCCCAAGCCGAAGACGCUACAGUUGACUUCCAGAACUGGAUCAGCUUCUGCACGUUUGACAUCAUCUGUGCUCUAAGCUUUGGUGAAGACUUCGGCUGUCUAGAGCAUCAGCGGUAUCACGAAUGGGUGGGCCAGCUCGCCUCCUGCCGCUUUUACCCUUGGUUAUUUGACUAUCUGGUCAAGCGGUUGCCCAAAUCUGCCGGUGUCCUGAUGGCCCAGCACCAAGCCACGACCCGGAAGAAAGUGCAACGUCGGCUACAGCAACUGCAGGUCAAUGACGCAAAGCCCGGGGCGACCGUGCAGAGACCGGAUUUCCUGGCCCACCUUGUGCAGCAGUCUCGACACGAGCUGUCAGAAGGCGAGAUGGUGGUCAACGCAGCCACUCUUAUCGUCGCGGGGAGCCAUACGCUCCAGACGGCCAUCACAGGCAUUCUCUUCCGCUUGUUACAAAACCCGACCGUCCUCAACCGUGUGACAAGCGAGGUGCGCGGUGCGUUUGCCACGGCGGAUCAGAUGAACGUCCAGAAGUUGCUGAAGCUGCCGAUCCUCGACGCUGCUAUCAAGGAGGGGAUUCGACUCACAUCGCCCGUGCCGCUUGGCUUGACCCGUCUUAUUCCCGAGGGUGGGCACACCAUCGCGGGGGAUUUCUUCCCGGAGGGGACUGUCGUCUCCUACAUGCAGUGGGCCGCCAACGUGUCCCUGCACAAUUACAGCGACCCUACGAGCUUCUACCUCGAUCGCUGGCUGCGGCCGGAAGGUAGAUUCGAGAAGGACCGCCGACGCGCUACCCAGCCGUUCCUUCAGGGUCCGCGCGACUGUAUCGGGCAGAAUCUGGCGCGGAUGAAGAUUGUCCUCAUCCUGGGGAAAUUGCUGUAUUGUUUUGACCUCCAGGCGCAGGGUAGCCUCGGUCGGUGGGAGGAUCAGGAGACAUACGCGGUGUGGGUCAAGGCGCCGCUGCCGGUCAAGCUGCGAGUUUGGGAGGGACCGAAUUAGAGUGCCGUGAUGCGAAGUAGACAAGUCAAUUCGGAAUAUCCUUGUUGUAGAUACGGAUAC